GUGAAACGGACAAACAACACGGCAGUGAACGCAGAGCACCGCUUCUAGCAGCUUCCACCGUCAUACGUCACCGUGUUGUGAUGCUAGUUAGCAGCAGCAGCAAACUCGAAUCGUGUCUUAGGUUUUUAAAUUCUGGCGAGAUUAAAAUUAAGGUCUGUCAAUAUGUUUAGGCAGGACACGACUGACAGUGAUGACAAACUGCGGAAUGCCACGUUCUUGUCAGUUAUUCAAUGAAACUGCUUCGCGUUUAAAAAGUGGACAUAAAGUUUCAUUGUGGUUAAACUGCGUUAGAGGCUCGCGCACGUUUAAUGCUGUUGACAUAAACAAUGCAUUUAAAAAUCUAACUCUGGUGUGUUAGCAGGUACACGUCUUGGGCUCAGACUCCGUUUUUCGUUUGUAAUCAAACUGACUUUGGUUCCAUAGCAAAGCGUGGUGUGCUCUGAUUGGCUAUGGUAGAGCUUCCGUCUCAUGGGAGUUGUAGUCUUCGGCCUCACUUUCAACAAGCUCUCCUAACGGCCUCCCUGCCCGCAAAGGACUACAGUGCCGGGUCAUGUGUGACAGCUGGUUGUGUGGAGGCGGGGUUCGGGCGGGCACGGGUCUGAAGGUCUGUAGUGACAGCUCAGCUCCACAAGCUGCAGCUGGGACCCAGGACCCGGCUCACAGAGGGCAGAUGCUCCAUGGACCUGAGACGGGCAGGCAGCAGGAUGAUGCGGGGAGUGUGUGUCUUCCUCAGCUUCAUGGCGCUCGGUGGCCUGCUGCAGCCAGAGCUCACGGGCGUACUGGACGACUGCUUCUGUGACGUGGAGAGCAUCGACGUGUUCAACAACUUUAAGAUUUAUCCACGCGUGAAGAAGCUGAUGGAGCGAGACUACUUCAGAUACUACAGGGUGAACCUGAAGAGGCCGUGUCCCUUCUGGCCAGAUGACGGACACUGUUCCAUCAAAGACUGUCACGUGGAGCCCUGUCCAGAGAGUAAAAUUCCAGUGGGAAUCAAGUCUGGGAACUACAACAAGUUUGCUCAGGCUGCUGGGAAGAUGACGGAGUGUGAGCAGGCCAAGGAGCUGGGCGCCAUCAACAGCACCCUGAGUAAUCAGAGUAAGGAGGCGUUCGCUGACUGGGCGAGACAUGAUGAUGCUCAGGAUCACUUCUGUGAGCUGGACGAUGAAACCUCUCCUGAUGCCGACUACGUAGAUUUGCUGCUGAAUCCCGAGCGAUUCACUGGAUAUAAGGGUCCGUCAGCCUGGAGAGUGUGGAACAGCAUCUAUGAGGAAAACUGCUUUAAGCCCAGAUCAGUUUACCGACCUCUGAAUCCUUUGGCUCCGAGCAGAGGAGAUGACGAUGGAGAAGCUUUCUACACGUGGCUUGAAGGUUUGUGUUUGGAGAAGAGAGUUUUUUACCGACUCAUCUCUGGCCUCCACAGCAGCAUCAACAUCCACCUGUGUGCUGAGCACCUGCUGGAUGAGGGCUGGGGCCGCACUGUGUGGGGUCCAAACCUCAAGGAGUUUCGGCACCGCUUUGACACGGCGGAGACGAAGGGCGAGGGCACGCGGCGUCUGAAGAACCUCUACUUCCUGUACCUGAUCGAGCUGCGGGCGCUGUACAAGGUGGCGCCGUACUUUGAACGGGCCAUCGUCAACCUGUACACAGGAAACUCGCAGGAGGACGGCGCCACCAAAGAACUGCUGCUGCAGAUCUUCAAUGAGAUCAAAAUCUUUCCGAUGCACUUUGAUGAGAAGUCCAUGUUUGCAGGACACAAAAUGGAGGCAAAGAUCUUAAAGGAGGAAUUUCGCCUCCACUUUAAGAACAUCUCGAGGAUCAUGGACUGCGUUGGCUGCAGUAAAUGUCGGCUGUGGGGAAAACUACAGACUCAGGGUCUUGGCACCGCUCUAAAAAUUCUCUUCUCUGAGAAGGAGAUUAAAAAUCUCCCUGAACACAGUCCCUCCCAAGGCUUCCAGCUGACCAGGCAGGAGAUUGUGGCCUUGAUGAACGCGUUCAGCAGGUUGUCCACCAGUAUAUAUCAGCUCCAUAAUUUCCGCCUGCUGUUGAAGGAGUCCAGGUAACAGCAGGCGAUGCUGCUCCUGGCCACCAGGUGGAGCCAGCUCUCAGCUCUGCAGUCAUGUGAAGCUCACCCAGAAGGUCUCCUUCAUCAGGAUUAUCUUGUAACAUCGUGCGUUUUCUCUUCUGCCUUCAUGGACAUGUGACUUUUCUCUCUGCUGUCAAAGUUCACCCAGCGAUGACCUUUGACCUUCACAGUAGUUUCUUCUGAGAACUUGGGUCCAGGGCAGCAGAUGAUGGAGAAAACCUCCUAACCCUCUACAGGCGUUGACUCUGCGAGUGUGGAGCAAUUUCCUCGUGGAGUGAUGUUUGGGCCAUGCUGCCUGUUGGUUGGUUGGUUUUCUGCAUUCUCAGCAUCUCCUGCUCUUUCUACAGAUGUUUGUUGCUCAGUCUGAGGUUCUGGACCAAUCUGCUAAUAUUUACCUCAACCUGUGAACAGUUCCAGCUAAAUGACAGACUAUGACCCGAUUCCAGAAACAAACAAGCUUCAUAUUAGGAGCAGAUUUUCCCAGUAACUGUGAAUGAAUAGGUCACGUCUGUCUGUCCCUCUCGUGCCUAUCUGUGUCUGUCUGUCUCUUUAUCUGUCUUUGUCUGUCUCUGAAUGAACCUGCUGCCUACUUGAUUUUGCUGCUUUAUCUUCAGCCGUGUCGUGUUGCAGCUUAACUUUACUAUGAGCGUGUGUGUGUGUGUGUGUGUGUGUGUGUGUGUGUGUGUGUGUGUGUGUGUGUGUGUGUGUGUGUGUGUGUGUGUGUGUGUGUGUGUGUGUGUGUGUGUGUGUGUGUGUGUGUGUGUGUGUGUGUGUGUGUGUGUGUGUGUGUGUGUGUGUGUGUGUGUGUGUGUGUGUGUGUGUGUGUGUGUGUGUGAGAGAGAGCCAUGCUGCUGAAGUGUCUUUGGGACGAGCAGCUUCUGUUGUUCAGGUGCUUUAAGUUUGUUACUGUCAACAUCCCGCUUUUAGACCCAAUCAGUGUUAGUUGCUAGGUCUUAGACUCCUCACGUUUACUUUGUCUGUGGUCUUUGAUGGUUCAGACUUGAAACUAAAGCUUUGACAGAAGGAAGUUUAAAGCAUGUGCGGACUCUGAGCAGAUCCCGGCGUCUGUGUUCGCUCUCUAGUCACAGCUGCAGGGUGAAACGAGCCCAGUUCCUGGAGGCAAAUCAGAGUUUGUUCUCGAGGCUGAAGAACCUGUCAAUCAGUGAGUCUCAGCCUCCAACCGUGGAACUGCUUUGUUCCGUUUGUGUCUCCGCUUUAAUGCUGUUGUUUAUUGAAGUGUCAGCUGGACCAAAGACUGUUGAGUUGCCUGUUAUUUGCAACGUUUAGCUUAGUUUCUGCCAUGACACCGUGUGACCUGGUGAUGCCUGUUCCUUCCUGCCUUUAAUGCAGCUGUGCAUUUUGUUGUUUAAACUCAGAUGAGUUUAUGACUGGAAUUGGAGAAAAUUGAAGUUUGAAAGUGUGCAAGUCCAAAAUUUGUUCAUGAAAAGUUUAAUUUGAUGUUUUGCUGAGUCAUCAUGGGAUUAAAAUAAUUUAUCUCAAUGAAA